AUAAUGAAAAUUAGAAAAUUUGCUACUUCCGGUGUUUCUUUUCACGUGGUGUAAUCUUUGACUGUUGUUUGUGAUAAAAUGGGAAGGUUAGCUAGGAAGAAACAACACAAAGGUGACAAGCCUCUUAAAGAGAAAUACCGGACGAAGCGUAAAACUAAGGACUGGGACCAGAUAGACGAAGAUUUGAAGCCAGGAAACGCCGAGAAAUUACUUAAUCAGGAGACAGAUUUUGACAAGCCAGGAGCUGGAAAGUUUUAUUGUUUACAUUGCGCGAAGUACUUCAUCGACACACAUGCCCUGAAGGAGCAUUUCCGAGGCAAGCCCCACAAAAGGAGGUUAAAGGCUUUGGAAUUGGAACCCUACACAGUAGCAGAGGCAGAAAGGGCUGCAGGAAUGGGAUCAUAUGUCGCACCUAAGAAAAGGAAAAUGGAAACACAAUCAAUACAGGAGGAAAUGAAAACAGAUGAAGGAACGGGUACCUAGCCUGGAUGUUUUGUGACAACCAAGCUAAUGAAAAUGACUGAUUUUGAUUGUGAGACUGUGAUAAUGUUAAUGCUGUUUACAGGCUGUGUACAUACAGUUUACCAUCCUGCAGAGUUCUAAUCAGCCGUAUUUGUCAUUUUAAGCACAGCUUGCUUGAACACACACUCAUAGAUCACUCCCUCCUCUUUUCCUGGAAAGUAUUGGAGUUCACUCCUACUUUAUUGUGUAAAAAUAACACAAACAUGAUUCACAGUAACUGAGAAGGUAACCACAAUGUACAGUUUUGUACAAAUACUUCGGUUUUCAGUUUUUAAGGUUUACUUUCAAAUAAGCACUUGAUUUCAAAUACUGCAAUCAUUCUAAAUGCUCUUGAUUUGACAAAUACAGUAUAUGUCUGCACAUCAAAGGAACUUAACAUCAGCAUAACCUGUUUUACUUCCCCUUGUGAUGGAGAGACAAUUAUAAGGUGUCUUAUGUACAUUGAAAUAAUUCAUAUGGUAAAAGAUGUUAGAGCAUGUUUAUGGUAAGUUGAUGAUACAGGUAUAUUUAAAAUAUCUAUAGAGUAGAAUUUAAGGAAUAUGAUAAAAAGAUACAGAAACAAGCACUAUGAAAGAGAUCAAGAUUUAUAUGAAACAAAAAUGAUCCUAUAAGCUAAGAACUUAUAUUUUGUGAAGAAAAUAUGAUCUGGCUUUAUUUUUAUCAUUAAGUUUUAUGAUGAAAGAUUAACACAAUAAAACAUUUUUAGUUGAA